AAACUACAUCUUCAUGAUUCCAUGGCAUUGAGCCGUGGAGGGUUAAAGCGGUGCCAAACCGCGUUCUUUCUCCCAAGGCCGGGUUCCUUUUCCGUGGCUCUUUAAGCGCAAGAGGAGGUUCUUGUUUGGGGUUUUGUUCCGCGUGUGAAAGGGAGGCCAUGCCGCUAGAGGGCUCUGGCCAUUGUCAAAAAAAAAGGAAGAGAGGAGACACACACGCACACACACACGCAGAGGGGACUGCUCGUUUUCCCCCCUUUUUCUGCCGCUGACGAGUUUUGGGGGCUGAACUUCCCAGGUCAGAACCAGCGAGAAGGGAAAAGCCCUGUUGUUGUUUCGCCUGCUUGCGUUGCAGCCGCCGACGCCUUGGCUCGCUUCGGAUUUGAAGAGCUCUCCUUUGGCUUUCCCGCCCGCCCGAGCCUUUUUUUCCUCCCUUCUUUAAAAGGGCGAGACUUUCCAACUCUUGCUUCAGCCCGGAAGCCACGAAAAAGACUUUGAUUUCCAGAGGCCACAGCCUUCUGCAGAAGUGACUGAUGUAUUUUGCUGAGAUACAGUGGGCCCUUCUGGACCCAUGCCAGAGACCUGUCUACAGGGACAUUGUGCAGGACAAUUAUGGGACUCUACUCUCGCUAGAUGGAGGAAAUAUGAACUCCAAUCCACAGCCUGGAGGUACUGAAGCCAUGCAAACCCAGAAGCAGGUCCUGGGCCGAACCAAUGGGUCUUCUUUCCCAAGCCAUAGUCAAGCUGGGCAGCAAGGGGAGGAUCCAGGGAAAGGAUGGGCCAAACCACCUCUUCUUCCUCCAGCGCCAAAGGACAACCCUCCUCUCCCACCCCGGGUAUAUAUGGGGCCCAGUUCCAGCUUGUGCGUACAAUGUGGGGAGAGCCUUGCCCAGGCUCAACAGAACCUAGUCCAGGCUCAGCAAAGCCUUGCCCAGGCUCAACAGGGCCUUGCCCAGCCCCAGAAAGCAUCCCGCUUGGCUGAUAAGCUGUACCCAUGCGCUGACUGUGGGAAGAGCUUUGGCGUGAGCUCUCACCUUACCAUUCACCGGAGAAUCCACACUGGAGAGAAACCGUACGAGUGCAGCGAGUGCGGAAAGCGGUUCAGCCAGAGCUCAACCCUGGUCCUCCACCGCCGCAUCCACACUGGGGAGAAGCCUUACAAGUGCGCCGAUUGUGGGAAAUGCUUCUCUGUAAGUUCCCACCUCACCAAGCAUCAGAGAGUCCACACGGGCGAGAAACCCUACGAAUGCCAAGCGUGUGGGAAAAGGUUCAGCCAAAGCUCCACUCUUAUCCUCCACCAGCGAAUCCACACCGGAGAGAGGCCUUAUAAAUGUGACGAAUGUGGGAAAACCUUCAGUGUCAGCUCCCACCUUACCAUCCACCAGAGGAUCCAUACCGGGGAGAAACCGUACCGCUGCAUGGAAUGUGGGAAGUGUUUCCGACAGAGGUCCGGCCUCAGCACGCACCAGAAAACCCACAUGAUCCUUGUGAGGCCUUACAAGUGCCCACCUUAAGACCAGGCCCUGAACCAGCUUGCCAAGUCACGUCAAACCUUUGUCUAAUGAUACAAAACAACAAUAAGACAGAGACUGAACACAUUCAAAAGUCUCUGCUUUUGGAAAUACAAAAAUUCACCAAACUGAAAAACUAUCCAGAUUUGUUUCUGUAAUGUCAAACAAGAAUGGGAAAAGACAUAUGGAAACCUUAAUUUGCCUUAAUUUGCAUGCUUUAUUGUAGAUCCACCUCUGAAGAAAUGAGGAAUUUUGUUCAACACAUUUGUGGUGAUAGUUUAGAAUAUGGGUGUGGGGAUUCUUGAGACAAUAGAAAUUGAUAGGCGCAUGGGAGAUGGAGUCUGGAUACUACGACAAUGGCUAUUUCUUUUUUUAAAAGUUACUUGUUGAGCCUGCCUUGACAGUAACAUUCAAUGGAGCUGGAAGUCUAUCCAUGUUAGAGGCUUUCAGUUUUUGGAUCAGAAUUGGUCAGCCUUUUGCCCAUUGCUGAAUAUUAGCAGAAUCUCACUCCAUUUCAUAAAAGUCUGACAGCCAGUAUAUGAGACUUUGGGUACUGCUCAUUGGGUGGAUCCAUCCCUCACUGCAGUAUACAGAGUUAAGACCUUUCAGAGGUGACCUUUGUUGGUUAUUUGUUGCAUGAGAUCCAGAUGCGGUCACUCAAAUAAAACACUUCUGUGUCAAAAGAGAUGGCAUUUCCCAAGGAAGCCCAUUUCAGUAUUGCAUUCCCAGGGACACUGCCAUUGAGUUUUGCAGGCUGUAUGACCAUGUUCCAGAAGCAUUAUCUCCUGAAGGCUCCCUCCUGAAAGCCUUUGACAGCAAAUUGAACAUUGCCAUUGUGUCUCCAGCUAGCUUUCUGGAGAGCUGCCUGAAGAGCGUGUUUGUCCAUCAUAACGUGUGUCACAAACACUGACUGGCUAGUGCCUGUGACGUCAUGGAGGCUCUUUUACUUGCCGCCCUUUUUCUGGGGCGUUCCACAUGUGAGGAAACAUUUCUGUAAAUAUUUCAAAAGGAGACAGUGAAGAGAUUAAAAGGGUGCAAUGCCAACAAGACUAUAGAUGCUUCUUUGCAGCAAUGCUCUGCCAUUUUACAAACCUGUUAUUUUGCUCUGUGGCUCCAUCUGUUAUUGUUUUAAAAAUGAUUUUUAUUGUACUUGUCGGUUACUUUCUGUAUUAUAUGAUUCUAAGCCUCAUCAGUAAGAAGGUUAGGGGAUUGUUUGCAUUGGGAUUGAGGCACAGAUAAUAAUAUCUCAAGUUGCUUGUUCAAAUACAGUCAGCCUUCCACAUUCAAAGGAGUUAAUGGCACAGGACACUGGUGAAAGUGAAAACCUGGGAAUAAAGAAAUGUCAGUUUCUUUACUUAAGAGAACACCUUGUUAGGAAUUUCUUUGUCCUUCAGCACAACUCUGAGGUCAGUAUCUGCUGGAAGCUGGCUAUUGAUCCACACUGGGGGAACUAGAGAUUCCUAGGGAUUGCAUUUUAAUUAAAUCUACAAAGUCAGAGACAAGUUUAGAAAGCAUGUCACCCUCUUCUUCAUAAUAUGUGGGCAGCAUAUCUGUGUUACUGUUGUUGGAUAAGAACCAGACCUUAGGCAAAGUUGUUGUUUUUUAGACUGCAGUUUCCAGAAUUCCCCCAACCAGAAUGUCUUAGUAUAAUGCUUGCUAGGGGAUUUUGGUCACUGUAGCAGAAAUUUCUCUGAGCUCGCACAGAUAUAGCACUAAAGAAGCAGUCUAUUUUUCAUUCAUUUCCAGUUGUCUGGAUGCCUGUUAGAUAGCUGAACACUCCAUUUACGAGACAAUUGUAGUUUUAAUGGGUUCUUCCUUUCCAUUUGUAUUUUUUUCUUCUCAACGGUCAUUUAUAUUUCUUCACCCACAAAUCUUGCAGUAAUGCCUAGCUUCAUAAUUGCCAUGGCUUCAUUCAAUGUGUAUUAAAAUUCAAAGAACUGCA